CGACCCGUUUCUUCGCACAGCAGUACAGCAUCCUUCCUUUCCAAAAUGUCGGUGCACGGGCCAAUGGUGAAAAUCCACCCUGUGGUACUCGCUUCCAUUACUGAUGCUUACGAGCGGAGAAAUGAGGGUGCGAGUCGCGUUAUCGGGACAUUAUUAGGCACCAUAGACAAACAGACCGUGGAAGUGACCAAUUGCUUCUCCGUCCCGCACAACGAGUCCGAAGAUGAGGUCGCGGUGGACAUGGAGUUCGCAAAGAACAUGUAUGAACUUCAUAAGAAGGUCUCCCCAAGCGAAGUCAUCAUUGGCUGGUAUGCGACAGGAUAUGACAUCACAGAGCACUCUGUCCUCAUCCAUGAGUACUACAGCCGUGAGGCCCAGAACCCCAUUCACCUGACCGUCGACACCGCCCUCCAGAGUGGCAAGAUGAACAUUCGCGCCUAUGUCAGUGCUCAGAUGGGCGUGCCGGGGAAGACUGUGGGAGUGAUGUUCACCCCGCUCACUGUGAAGUACAUCUACUACGACACAGAGCGCAUCGGGAUUGACCUUCUCCAGAGGACGCGGGCGUCUCCGAGUCGGACCGACGGCUUGACCUCCGACCUCUGCCAGGUGGGCGGGGCAGCGGGCCGCACUCAGGAGAUGCUGAGCACCGUGCUGGCGUACAUAGAGGACGUGCUGUCUGGUAAGGCGUCUGCUGAUAACAGUGUGGGACGCUUCCUGAUGGAUCUGGUCAACAAGGUGCCUAAGAUCCCAGUCGAGGACUUCGAGACCAUGCUCAACUCCAACAUCAAUGAUCUGCUGAUGGUGACCUACUUGUCCAACCUGACCCAGGCUCAGAUCGCUCUCAACGAGAAACUGGUGAUCAUGUGAUCUGUGUGGGCGGAGAGGUGAUGGUGGGAGAAGGGGCCUCAUAUUUAAGCUUCAGUUUUCAUUUCUGUUUCUUUUCUGUUUCUUAAUAAAUGACAUCGCAGAGUGA